UCCCGGACUGACAAGUUACAUCAACUCACUUGGAACGCUUUGGACAGGAAUCAAUCUUAAAAAUACAAAACUUAUCAUCGAUGGAUCUUGUCUGUGCCAUUGUCUUUACGCUAGCAAUGGCUUAGACUGCCGAUGUGGUGGUCAGUACCAAGAAUAUUACGAUGUUGUAGUUUCGUUUUUCGAUGCUCUGAUUUCGAACGGUGUGGAAACCUAUGUUGUAUUCGAUGGAGCACACGAUCCAAGUGACAAGAGGUUGGAGACACUUAAAGCUCGAGCCAGGGAGCGGGUUAAAACAUCAAAUGCUUUGUCGAAAUCCGCUGAUGAUCGUUUGUUUUUACUUCCGCUUUUAGCGAGGCAUGUGUUUGUUGAUGCACUUAGGAAUCUUGGUGUGAAGUUCGUUUUCAGUGAUAGCGAGGCCGACACAGAAAUUGCCUCGUUGGCUUAUGCAUGGAAUUGCCCAGUUCUUAGCAAUGACAGUGACUUCUUUAUCUUUGACAUCAAAGCUGGGUAUAUUCCGAUUACUUUCUUUAAUUGGAAUUCCAGUUGUUUGACAGUAAGGAUUUUCUAUCGGCGAAAGCUGGCGUCGCAUUUUCGAAUCCGUGAUGAAUUAAUUCCCUUGUUAGCUUCGUUGGCGGGAAAUGACUACGUGAGUUGUGAUUUAUUAUCUGCGUUUAAUCGCGCGUUGAAUCGUAUUCAGAAUUCAAACCAUUUUAGUAAAAGAGGAGCUCGAUUUGAAAGCAUUGCAAACAUGCUCUCCAAACUUCCUGACUCAAACGAAGAAGAGGCUUUGAAAGGAGCUCUGAAACUGGUGAAGCCAGCUGAAAAUGGAGAACAUCUCAGACAGGCUGUUGAACUUUCCCUCCAGGAAUAUACUCUCAGGAAAUCAAAUCUUCUAGAUUAUUUCCAGGAUAACUUAGUCUCUAGCUCCCUUAGAACGCAGAGUAAUAGCGAGAUGAAUGAGUGGGUUUUGCGCCGGUUUCGAAAUGGAAAGUUUUCCACAAAAUGUAUCAGUAGCUUGACAUCGGGAAAACUGUUACUGGGAAUCCCCGUUGAAAAUUGUAGAGAAAUAUCGGCGAACUACUGCUCUCUGUGGCUAAGGCGGUUUAUGUAUGGGAUUUUAAACGAUGCUGAAACAAAAGCAGAGGAAGGAAAUAUUAAGGUGAUCCACGAAUGGGACAGACAAGGCUCAACUGUCAAACAGUCAAUUGUAGAUCCCUAUCAAGAGGGCGUGGUCCCUUCUCUGAGCCUAAUCCCGUUCCUCGAUGUGGGAGAGCGUGUAAAUUUCUUAUUGUUUGCACUAAAUUCUGACACCACAGAUGUCAAGUCCUUAAGUAAAGAGUUUAUUUUAAUUGCUGCAUCACUUCGUUAUCUCAUCAAAAACGCACAACCACCCUUGGAGGUGAACCACCUCAUGGCUUUACUAUGUUGUUGUGUAAACUUGGAAGACAGCAAGUUCUGCAGUGGUAAAAAAAGAACUGCAAGCCCUAGACGCUCUUCAUGGCGGUUUGACGUAAGAGCGGCGCAAAGCUUUGCUCAGUGGCACUGUGUUCUGAAAGAUGCAAUUCAUCUGAACUUUACUUUGCUUGAGCCGGUACCUUUACCAUGUCUUCAGAAGACGUUCAAUGGAAAAAUGGCACUAAAACUGCUUGAAAGGUUGCAACAAGGUAAGACAAUCCAAUCCGUUAGAAAAUUAGAAUAA